AUGCCAAUAAAGAACAUUGAUUCUACCGAAGUGCAGCGAAUAACCUCCGGCCAGGUGAUCGUCGAUCUCGUCUCGGUCGUGAAAGAAUUGGUGGAAAAUGCCAUAGAUUCAGGAAGCACAAAAAUCGAUGUCACGUUCUCCGAUAGUGGACUAGACUAUAUUAAAAUUGAGGACGAUGGCAGUGGAAUUGAAGAGGAAGAUUUUGAAUAUGUGUGCUUGCGCCACCAUACUUCCAAGUUGGUUCUGUUUGAAGGUUUAGCACAAGUAUCUACUUUGGGAUUUCGAGGUGAAGCUAUGAGCUCCAUUUGUUCUGUUGCAAAUCUAACAAUUAGCACUUGUACGAAACAAAAUUACCCUCGUAUAUCCCAAUUGACAUUUGACAAUAUGGGACGUUUGACAGGAACAGAAAAGUCUGUGGGUGGUCUUCGAGGCACUGUGGUUACUGUAACUUCUUUGUUUAAUGCGUUGCCGGUUCGACGCAAAACCUUGGAAAAGAAUAUCAAAAGGGAGUUCCAAAAGGCAGUUAACAAUUUGAUCUGCUACAUCCUUAUUCAUCCGGAAAUACGGUUCACCGUAUACAACAUUACAGCUGCGAAAAAGAAGCAAAUGAUGCUAGGAACUCAAGGUGGUUCCAAAGCAGAUAUAAAGCUGUGUCUUCUCAAUGUAUAUGGGUCCAAUGGAACCUACGGACUCGAACUGGUUUCUCUAGAAGCGAAGGAACUAGAAGUAAAAUUCAAGUUAAAUGCUGGAGAUUUGCCCGUUUUGAAAAGACUAGAUAUUAAAUUUGAGGGUAUGAUUUCCAAUUGCUCCUUUGGCAUGGGUCGUUCGGCUGGGGACAGACAGUACAUCUACCUCAAUAAGCGCCCGGUUGAGUCCAGGCGGUUCAUCAAAACUGUCAAUGAAGUGUACAGAUCUUUCAACACAGUCCAAUUUCCUGUCGUUGUACUUAACAUUGUUCUUGAUGGAGACUUUCUUGAUAUCAACGUGACUCCAGAUAAGCGCACGGUCAUGAUACACAAUGAAGAUGUGUUGAACGAUGUUCUUCGUCACGAACUCACCAAGUUUUACGAGUCAGAAGACACCCAAAUUCCUGUAAAUAGUGACAGCUGGGAACUGCCUUCUCAAAGCAUUGACAGAGCAAAACGUAAAGAGGACUAUGAGCAACCGUCAAGUUUGAAAAGAUACCAUUUAGCUGAGGACGAAGAGCUUGAUGCUGAUGAUACUAGGAAUACAGAAAACGAAUUGAAUGAUAUUGGUGAGAAUGUUGAAGAACACAAAAGUCAGGAAGAAGACCAGAUGGAGCAUGACGAGAGCUAUGAAGAAGAUUCAGUUAAUGACAGAGAAAUGAUUGAAAAUACUAAUAAUGUUGACGAGAUGGAGAAUAACGAGAGUCAUGAAGAGGAUUCAAUUAAUGAAAAAGAAAUGAUUGAAGAUACUUAUAAUGUUGACGAGAACGAGAUACAAAUAUCUGAUCACGAUAGUCCACAUCCAAACAUAACGAGAGCUACAGAUGACAAACCUACAACGCUUUUUGUGGACGAUGAUGACAACUUUACUGCUGAGCAAGAAGCUACCGCUGAGCAAGAGGUCGCUGACCAAGUUACUGCUGACCAAGUUACUGAGGAUCCUAGGGAAGUCCGAGUCGUCAAACUAUCUGAUUUUGUACAUUCUGAUGGUACUUCAGAAGUUGUUGCUUCAGAUUCAGAAAAGGAGCUUGACGAUAAUAUUUCCAUUAGUAUUGGAAAUCGCAACUUUUUGGAAAGCCCAAAGAAACAGUCACCAAAGAAAAAGAAUAAUGUUCAUGAUGUGCGCAAAGUUUUGUCGUUUGAUAUCAACGGUAUUGGGUCCAACAUUCUUAACAAUGAUCACCAGAACUCGCUGCAAGCUGGAAAGAAGAUACAUAUCGACAACAUUGAGGCGAGAGAAGAAGCUGAAAAAAAAUUGGUGUACCUGAUUUCCAAGAAAGAUUUUACGAAAAUGCAAGUUGUUGGCCAGUUCAAUUUGGGGUUUAUUUUAGUCACAUUGAAUGGCGGAAACAAUCUUUUCAUUGUUGAUCAGCACGCUUCAGAUGAAAAGUACAAUUUUGAAAGGCUCGCCAACUCCACGACUAUGUUCCACUCGCAGCUGCUUGUGGUUCCACGAAAUAUGGAGCUCAAUGCGCUCGAUGAAAUGACAGUUCUUGCGAAUCUUGAAGUUUUCAAAACCAACGGAUUUGGACUAAAGGUGGAUGAAGAUGAAGCUCCUGGGCACCGCGUGAAGCUAACAAGUUUACCUGUGCUGCGAACCACCGUUUUUGACGAAUCAGAUUUUCAUGAGCUAAUUCACCUUACCAAUCAAGCAGGCUCAAUCAAUAAUAAGCAUGUCAAGUGCUCCAAAAUCCGUACGAUUUUGGCUCUGAGAUCUUGUCGUUCGAGUAUCAUGAUAGGGCAGCCACUUUCUACGUCUACAAUGAAAAAAGUUGUUCAUAAUCUAAGCCACUUGGACAAACCAUGGAACUGUCCUCAUGGGCGACCCACGAUGCGACAUCUUACCGAACUCAACGAGUGGCAUACAUUCACCAAAGACUACCAUUUGCACUAA